GUUUGUGUUUGCUUUUUAUUCUUUGACCGCUUUUUUAUACUGCUAUUAGUUCAUUUUAAAAAGUUUGGAUUGCUGUUUGAUUUACAGCCAAGCAGUAGUUUUUUUGAAAAGAACCCUAUUCCAUCAACUUCGAAAAGCGCCCUAGAAUUAAUAAAGGACAAUGUAAACAGUAUAGGUAAAUCAUCUAAAACAGGUACCACUUGUUGUUGCAAUCCACAGUUAUUGUAUAAUAUACAGUCGCUGCUGUUAGAAAUUAAUUCCAAAGUGGGAAAAUGUGGAGCGGAAUAUCGCAAAGAAGAAAAAAUAAAUAUUUUGGAAAAAUCUAAAGUAAACUUCCCUAUUACAACAAAAGAAAAUUUAGAAGUUUUUGAUAAUUUUCUUUCAGAUUCUGAAAAUUAUUCAGCAUUGGUUCAGU